AUGACUGACAUCCGCCAUUGUAUGAUGUGCAUUUCUAACUGUUACCUGUGGGGAGGUACAAAAAAUACUGCAUGUUCGAAUGUGGUUCAGUAUGAAACAGUAAAACAUUUCUAAAUUCAAUCUGAACAUGUAUGAACACACUUAUUUUGCCAGAUAGAGACACGUUUCUGAGUUAUGUGAAUUUGUCUAUAAUAACCUGUUACAGUUUUGUGUACUUGUGGAUUAUUAAACCACUGUUAGGACACUAGAAAUCUACAGUAUGCCUGAUGUUGAUCCAGCAUUGUGGAUAUCGUAAACAUAUUCCACAGGCUGUAUUUUGGCUACAUAUUGCACCACCGCCUUCAAUACAAACCCACAAUGUGUAUCCACGGCUGGCAGGUUUCCUGAUAUGAAACAGUGCACUGUGGCAGAGCAGGUACUCUCAGAUGUGGGAUGCUGAUGGAUCUCUUUAGCUUGGAAGUCAAGCAGAAAAAAUGUAGCGCAGGUGUUCAGUGGGAUACUGUAGCCUCACAUCCUGUGAAUUUCACACACUGCAGCAGCUUUAGACACGCCUCUUUUCCUUCAGGUGGCAAAAGACAGCUGGUGAGCCUGCCUCACCUGUCCUCUGCACAGUUUGAGCAGAAAUAAUACUGCCCAGUAUCUGACAAUGCUCGGCCUGGUCAUGGGAGCUGUUCAUACCACACUUGCACGAAAGAAUGACUACAUAUAUCUGCUAUAUUUUCAUGAACUAUAUUUUUCAUAUGUUUUGUAGUUGUUUUUUGUCAUUAGCCAUUUUUAUGAAUUAUUAUAGUUUAGACUCUUUGUAUUUGCUGUUGUUUUGGUGCUUCGGGGCCGCCGUAGCUUCAGAGUAUAUGGAUUUUUAAUCCUCUAUUAUUCCCUGAUUUAACACGAUGAAUAAGCUAUUCAAGUAAAAAGACACUAUUCACGCAGACAUCCUUCACUUCAAGAGGCAGACUGAUGAAAUAUAUGUUAAUGAUUUCGCCAUCAUUAUUUUUGAUGGCCUCUGAAUUAUUUUCUGAUCAUUUUACGGUCAACAUUACAGGGAUUUAUGAUCAUAAAUGUUCUUCCUUAAUUAAACUUUAUUUAUAUGGCACUUUUCAAACCGGAGAUGCAAUUCAAAGUGCCUCACAGAGGCUAAAAACAACAAUAAAGACAAAAACCCAACCCUUCCACCCACCCAUGGACCCACACACACAGAGACACACACCCACCCUCACAUACACACACAUACAACCGCACACAGUGUGAGAAUUUAAGAUAAAAUUUUCAUAAUUCCUUGAGCUGUGUCACCCCGCUGUAGUCCGUCAUGGACUGUGGCUAUGUGGCUAUAGAGUGGUGUUUAUGUUGAAGUUUGUAUAUGGCUCCUCAGACCGCUGUGUAUUGCUAUCGUGCCGUCGUCACUAAAGUUGGUAUUACUAGAGAAGCAAGCGGUCGGCAACAUUCAUCUCUCGGUGGGGGUGGGGUACCCUAAAUUAAUUUUUCACCGGAAUAUCCCUUUAAGGUAAAGUGAUCUAGUUGUUGUUCAAUGACUGCCAUAAAAUACAUCCAUUAAAGUAGGAGAAAGCAGGCUAUCGACGUGGAAAUGUUCACACUAAAUUAAUGAAGGUGAAGGUCGGUGUGAUGUGAAGCGCUACUUCGCCCUCUGCCCACAAAAACCGACAUAACCAUCACUCUCUCGGUACUAAAUGAAGCCCUGACGUUGGUCUCGGCCACAAACUCAAAAGAGAGCCCUUAAUUUAUCCGUGUGUAAACCCACACAGCAUACUUACCUCCAGGUCUACAGUCCUCACAGAAGCGUGAUAGCACAGAAUGAGCCACAUAUGACAGCUAUGUGACGGCAUCAUUACGCGCCGGAGGGACAUCCACUUUCAUAUUAGAUUUGUUAUACGGGGCUCACCGAAUGAGCGGGGUUUCCCUAUCUUGAAGUGACGGAGUAUAACUCAGGGUGGAUACGGAGGAAGCCAAACAACAAACCGAGCGCUUCUUCCUGAACGCGUAGGCAGUUAAACAUAAAACGAAAUCAUCCAGCGCCUUUGUUGUUGGACGGCAGAGAGGCGGCUGUAGCUAAAGUGGUCCGUUCAACGAGAGGAAAAUAUAUAUUUACACUGAAAUGAUCGGUGUUAUGUUCUGACGCAGCUCAAGUAUCCCGAAAGGGGAGGAUCUAUGGUUCAGUAGGUCGAAGAAUUCAUCCGCUAACAAAGAGGAAGUUUGACAGAUCGAGGAGGUAAAGUGGAAAUAUUGACGCUAGCUAACAGCUGGAGACGAGCUGUUUACUGUUCAGGGGGGAAUAUUCCUAUUAAUAAUCAUCAUAACUGGAUUUCACUGCUCUCGGUGCCUGAGAUUAGCUCAGUAUUUCACAGGUGAUUUUUGCCUGCUAAGAAAGCACAACCUGAGAGAUAGAGAUAGUUCAGUUACAGACGUGUGGGAAGCUAAGCUAAUGUUAGCUCAAAUAAACCAGAUGGCUCAAGUAAACCUACCAGAACUUGUUCGAAAAUCGAUAUUAAAAUCUUAUAGAGUACUUCUGUGAUUGUUUAUAUCUGUUUACUUCAUGCACACCUCACAUUCAGAAAGCGCUAAAAGAGUGUCGCGAUGGUUCAAUAAAGCGAUAAGGACUUUCUAGUGUGUUUGAUUGAUUAUAUCGCGAUAUUUGAAGGGGAACUGGUCAAGCUUGGUGUUUUAAAAUUGAGGAUGAUUAACCAGCCUGAUAGCACAUGACUGAAUCUUAAAAAUGUCUAAAUAAUGGUGGUAAAUACUAAGGUAAGACCACACAGGUCAGUUUUAACAUGACUAACACCUGAGCAAACUAAUGGCAUCAUCAUCGUCAUCAUCAUCAAAAACAAUCUGAGCUCCUUCACAUUAUAUUUCUGCACCUCUGUCUUAAAAGCUUUCAAGUAAAGGCACUCAACGGCUGCUUGAUUCGGUACCAUUUUACAGUCUGAUUCAUACAACACAAUAUCUGUGCUAUAAAUUCUACUUGUAGUUUAAUACUAUACCUAAUUUUAGGGCUGGGGGAUAUGGGAAAAAGUUUAUCACGAUAUAUUUUUUCAUAUCAGUCAAUAUCGACAUAUAUCAUAUUAUAAAAAGGGAAAUUUAACAGUUCUUAUUGGUAGCAUUAGGCCUGGACGAUAUAGAAAAAAAGCAUAUCGAUAAAAAAUAAAUCAUAUUGAUCGAUAUCGAUAAUUAUCGAUAUAAUUAUUAUAAUUAUUUAACAUAUAUUUUAAUUGCAGCCCUGGAUGUUUUAUGCUAUUGCUUAAUGACCUACUUUUAAUAAAGAACACACAAGCACUAAAAUCAAAUUCAAACCUUUAUUCAACCACCUUUUUAUUUAUUUUUUUACCACAACUGAAAGUUUUUUAAAAAAGAACUUAAAAAAAAAAAAAGAAAUCAACUUAAGUGGCCUGAGUGACGUCAGUAAAUACUGACAAACAUAGACUAAAGUGACCAGAAAAUCUGAUAAAUAAAUAUUUAAAUAGUCUUUUGAUGAAAAUAAACAAAACAAACAAAUAUAUAAAUAAACAGAAUAGCUUUAGGUGGGAAUAGCAUACUACCAGUUUUAACUGUGUGGGAAACUGCCCACAGCCUGGUGUCUCCCGGGGUCGGGAGAUUUCUUUUUUUUAAUUAUCAUAUGAUUGACUUAAUACGCAAACUGAGCACGAGAAGCAGGACUUAUCCACGCCGGUGUUGUGUCGUAGAAUGCACCCCUGCCGAACGCACCCCCUGCUAGUAGCCAUGAUCCAAAUACUCGCGUAUGAGCUCAUUUUCUUCCACUUUAAGAAGCUAAUGAGUGGACGGGAUGCAGGGGUGCAUUCUACAGCACAACACCGGAACGUAUUUCCUCCGCACCGUUCUCAGCUUUUCAACCCCUGACCCGUUUUCAUGCCUGAAGCGCUGUGUUUGAGGAAUACUUGCGGCCGGGCACUUCAUAUCGCGGGUCGAGAGUGGCUAGAAGCUGGUCGAAGCCAGGCUUUUCAACGGUAGUUAUUGGCAGCAUGUCACUGCAUGGGUGAUGUCCUUAUGCCGCUUGGACGCUUUGUCGUAUUUGGCAAGAAACGAAGUCCAGUUUGGUCUGCUUCACAUGCUUUGUGCUGGUGCUGGCAGCGGUUCCAGAGGAUUCCUCCUCCGACGACGUGGAGCCGCGGCGCCGCCGACACAGCUCGUACUCCUGCGGGUGCGAUCGGUUUAGAUGGUAGAACAAGUUGGUUGUGUUACCAGACUUGGUUUUUACUAAUUCUCUGCAAAUUUUGCAAACGACCGCUGUUCGCUUUUUGUCAGACUUGUAAAAACCAAAACAUUGCCAUGCUGGUGAACUACUGAAACCUUUUUUCGGGACAAUUUCCUCCGCUUCUCCGCUUCUAAUACACGUGCUGUCUGUUGUGGUUUGAGAGGGGCUGGGCUUGGUGCUGUAGCGUACCUGGGUCUGCGUUUGUGAUUGGUUGGGAGGAAGUAAUGACUGUAGUAAAAGCUACAUGAUAGGCUAUGAUGAAAAAGAAAGGGAAACUGUGUUUUUCUAUCGAACUUUUUAUCGACCCGUUUUUUUUCUAUCGCACCACACGUCUAUCGAUCGAUAUAUAUUGUUAUCGAAUUAUCGUCCAGCACUAGGUAGCAUGUCACCAAUGUUUUCGUGCCAGUGUUGUCGACAUUGUCAUCUGUUGAGCCUUCAUCUGCAUUUCUGCCGGGGGUAGCACUAAUUUUCUUUUUUUCUCACCAACAGUGCCAUCGGCUUCACAUGUUAAAGUGCUAUGGUUAUGUGUAGCUGCUGCCUGCUACUACGUUGUUGUUUGCUACUUGGUUCUAGUUCAGCACAUGAUUGGCUCAGCGCAAAGCGGACCCGGAGCAACUCCCCUUUUCAUUGGCUAUUCGUAUAGUCUACCGAAACAUGGCAAAAUGCCGACUAUCGGAAAGCAUAUUGACCAUGUUUCAUAUUGAUAUUUAGGGAAAUUAAUUUUCGAUAUAUCAUUACCGUUUUAUCGCCAGCCCUACCAAGUCUGAUGUAGCACGUAUCAGCAAGUUAACAAGGCAGUUUCAAAUACUUUACACAAGAGAUCAAAAGCACUUUGACAAGGAGCAAUACAAAAAAGUGAUUCCUUGUCUGGUCUGACAGAUGAAUAUCUCUAUGUGGUGAACAUGUAAGAGGAUGGGUUUGAUUGUAAAGCAGUGUCGGAGUCAGGGUUAUCAACUCAAAGGAAACCAUGUUGACUUAUUUCUGUCUUGUCUUUGUCUUCCUCAGAGUACACAUGUCGUCUGCAGCGGGGACAGUGGAAAAUGCCUCCAUUAUUUCAGAGAGUGUGGCCCAUGAUGGAAACCGAUUAUGGAUAGGCAACAUUGAUCCCAAAAUCACAGAGUGAGUUUCAUUUUAAUUUUAUGUUCUUUUCAGGUGUCCAUGUCUUCAGCUUUGUCUUCUUAACAGAGCUUGCAUAAAACAGUGUGAAAGUGUUUGUAGAAAAAAAAAAAAUGCAACUCAAUCAGCUGGUCGCAUUUGAACUCAUUCCUUAGGAGCGAAACUACCUGUGAAUAACAAAACGCACACAUCCGCUAACAGAAUCAGAUGCUGCUAGUGUCUUGCUGCAUCUGUCCAUGUUAUGAACAUGAAGCUUUGCGUUUUCACUUGCCUCAUGGCUCAGGCUCAUAGAGAGGCAGUGCAUUGUGCAUGCAUAUAUGAUUGAUGAACUGUGUGCAUAGUGUGUGUGUGUCGCAGGCUGAGACUGAGCAGACAGGGCUGGGUGUGUGAAAGAGAGGCAGCGAGGCGUGGAGACCUGCUGUGCGAAGGAGCAACCAUCAUUCCUCACUCACCUGCCCUGUUUACUCUCUCUGUGUCAACCUGGACCUGAUUGUGUGUGUGUCCAACAGUGUGUAUGUGUAUGAAUGUUAGAGUGCACAGUUUAUGUUAAGUUUGCAGCUGGUACGGGUGCUAGCCUCAACACACAGAGGUGUCUGUGUAUAUUAUUGUCUCACUUUACACACCAUCAUAGGUGCAUGCAAACAUCCCCUCUUGUUGCAUCUGUGCAGAACUCUUAACCUUUAAUGCGGAAAGCAGCACCCCUACAUAUAUUAUGAUGGAGAGGAGUCAGUGCUUUUGGGGGAUGAGGGGUGCGUUUUUGUGCCUGUGGGGGCUGCUGGAGAAUGUACAAGCUGCAGCUCUGGUGGGCGUCUAGACAGGCGUUUCCUUCCCCUCUCUCUGCUCUAACUCUCCUGAAAUAGCCCACCACCUCACAGCAUGGAGGGAAAAACAGGAGAAAUGCCUGUGGCCCCUGGUGCUGAUUGGGAAGAUUAAUUAGCUCCUGUGUAGCAUACGUAAUGCUCCCUCUAUCCCUCUGUUUGUCCUGGUAAGCCAAACCUGGGCUCUAAAAUGCAAGGUGCUGAUUCUUUGUACAUGAGAGCAAAUCACUGAAGACCACAACACAUUUUAAAAUUGAAUAUGAAAAGUCAACCGAACUGAUUUGAUAUUUUAUACAACAGGUUCACGGCCCAGCUGUCUAUUCAUUUCUUUUAUAAAAUUCAAAGUGCUGAUUAAUUCGUCAUAAGGUUUUCUUUCAUUUUUGAGCUCGGCUGCAAAAUAAAUGGCAGUUUCAUCUUUAUUAUGGUAUGAGCAGCCAUGAAAACCUCAUUCCUUCCAUCUGCAUCCAUUACAAUAAAUAACUAAAAAAGACAUUUAAGCAUACAAGCAGUAUUUUUCCCCUCUUUUAGUGUGCAUUUUUUAAGUUCUUGAUGGAGGUGGAGUAGAAACAUAGACAUUGUUUAAGAAAACAUGAAGUCAACUUGCAGUUUUGAGCUGAAAAUUGAUCAUUUAAUUGUAUAGGGGUAUUAAUUUACUGUCUUUAAAAAGGGUAUAAAUUAGGGCUGGGACGAUAUGCUUUUCUCCCGAUUCGAUUCUUCUGAGAUUUUUUUGGAUGCCCAUUCAAUUUAAAUUGCGAUUCUACGAUUUUCCUCUGCAUUUUUAACACCAGUGAAACAGUUGGAUGAUUAUAAUUGUCUUGUGACUAUUCCAGGAACCAUACUUCCCAAAAAAUACACAUCACAUGUUAGUCAGUUUUUAUGGUUUAUUCUUAAAUUGAAAAAAACAAAAUGAUUUUUGAACAUAAAAAUCAAUUUAAAAAUUGUAAAACAAACAAAAAAAAACCACGAUACUGAUGUGAAUCAAUUUUUUCUCCCAUAUUUAUCCCUAGUAUAAAUGAAAUAUCUAGUGUAAUAGUACCUCAUAUUUGGCCUAAAUGAGCUUACAAGAGAACAUGUUUGAAAGUUCUGCUGUUUUUUAGACAUUGUUGGAAAUAAAUUGGCUGCACUUUUCUGUUCUGUAAUGGUCCUCUGAGAGAAAAUUGAUUGUCAGCAUGUUUGUAUGUGUAGAAACGGUUAUGAGUGAUCUCCAGUUUCAAGAAAGUGUAACAGAUUCCUGUAAAAAGUCUUCAUAGUCCACACACGGGUGAAGUUCAAGUCCAAGUUUGUGAUCUUGAAGAAUGAGUUCAGCUUUUCUCUUCCAUCUCUGUUUUGCAAACUCAGAUUUUUUUCUAUUCUCGUUUUUUCCGCACACUGUAGCUCCACCACUCGCUCAGCAGAAAAAUGACAGAAUUGGCAUCAAGUAAAGAGUGACAUGCUUAAUUCUUGUCUUUUUCAAUUAUCUCCCCCUGAGUGAGUUUUCUUUAUAACACCCUGUCAGUUUUUUUUUCAUCUUUCUUGCCCUUUGCAGAGAGCAGAGGUCCUACAGGUGUAACAGGAGCUUUCAGCACGUAUUUAUGUUUUUGUGCUUUUGGCUUUUCAAAGAGGGAAUUUCUCAUUAGAGGUAAUCCAUCACCCUCUUCCUCUUUGUUGUCUCUCUGACCUUUGAACAUUCUAUGUUGCGUACCUGGAAAUUGUCAAGAUUUGUACGUGAAAGUUGAAGCCUCAGCUCCCUGUGUGCAGCUCUGAUGAAAUCAUUAAAACGAAAAAAGCUCCCUCCUUCUGGCUGAAGUUUUCCCUCUGACCUGCACUUUUCUGGUCCAGAUUUUUUGUCUUAUCUUUUUCUGGACUGGGCUCACAUCCCCUGUUUUUUUUUUCUUUCCUCUCAUACUCUUCCUCUAUCUCGCAUCCCUCCUACCUGGCUUCUCACCUUUGCAUCUUUUUUUGGCAUCUCUCUGCCACCAACAUCCCGUUUCUGAACUUUACCCCCCCUCUUUCCACCUUUCCCUCCCUUUCCUCCCACCUCCUCUUCUCCUCCUCUUCCUCCGGUAUUUUUUUACAGCCCCCAGGAGGAGCGGUCUAUUGUGGUUCAGCUCCAGAGCAUUUAAAAAUGUUCUUAGAGUGUCAGCCAUCUAAUACUUCACAUUUAUCUCAUGCACGUACACAAACAUUUUAAGAAGAAAUAAUUGAUGUAAGAAUCCACCAAGUAAAAAAUUUGUAGUUGUAUAUUUGUUCCCCCACUCACACUUUUUCCUUGGAUUUGAACCUGGGUCAAAGAAGCCACUUUCACAUGGGUAUUUUUCAGGGUGUUGUCUGGGAAAAGCAGAAAUUGUCUUGGCCUAAAGCCCUCCAGGGAGUCGUACAAUAGUGGAAGACAUUAGUGCGACCUGUAUCUAAGACACACACACUUCACCCUCCUUAUCCCCCACUGAGUCCCGUUUACACACAGAAAUGCACGCCUGCGCACAAACAGUCAUGUAAGGUGUGUCACACACGCACAAACUGCUCCAGGAUUAUAAAUAACAGCAUCUAAACAAUAAAAGUCUGAAGUAUUGAUUCCUGUUGAAUAGUUGUAAAGAACACCUGGGGUCACCGUGAGGCCUUCACGGUCACACAAGGUAGAAAUACCAGAACAGAAACACAGGAAGGUGAUUGUUGAUUUUGUUUGUCCGUAUGUUCUUUCUAGUAAUUGUUGACUAGUACACCUCUUUACUCAUCUAUCUAAGAUAUUGUCUGGUUGACUACUAAGGGUGGGAGGAAAAAUCGAAACAGCAUAGUAUCGCGAUAUUUUGUCUGGUUAUAUAUAAUAUCACCUCAUUUACCAAGUAUCUAUUUUUUUUUUAAACUAACUCUUAAUAUGAAGUCAGUUCUAUGAUAAUGGAAGAAUAAAAUCGAAUGUUUGCCCAGUUAGGUUGGCAGAGGGGACAUAAUAGGGCAGGAGAAAGGUAGUGCAACAAAUAUAGCAGCACCUGGGGAAAGACAUUAGGAACGCAAGCAGGGCGCAAAUGAGAUGGACCUGACACAUAAGGUUUGCAAGAUGUGCUACAUGAAAAUAAAAUACUGUGUAAAUAAGACAAAAAUAAAGGAAAGACAAAUGCUAAAUUAGCUUAACAGUUGAAAAAAUUGUGAAAAUAGCAAUAUUUUGAAUCACAAAAUGUUAAAAAUCGCAAUAAUAUUGUAUCAUGCCCCAAGUAUCGUGAUAAUAUCGUAUCGUGGCCCAAGUAUCGUGAUAAUAUCGUUUCGUUGCCCAAGUAUCGUGAUAUUAUUGUUUCGUGGCCCAAGUAUCAUGAUAAUAUCGUAUUGUAGCCCAAGUAUCGUAGCCCAAGUAUCAUGAUAAUAUUGUAUUGUGAUAAUAUUGUAUCAUGCCCCCAAGUAUUGCGAUAAUAUUGUAUCAUGGCCCAAGUAUUGUGAUAAUAUUGUAUUGUGGGCCAAGUAUUGUCAUAAUAUCGUAUCGUGCCCUAAGUAUUGUGAUAAUAUCGUAUCGUCGCCCAAGUAUCGUGAUAAUAUUGUAUUGUGGGGCCAAUGGUGAUUCCCACCCCUGUCGACUACUGUUUUGAAAAGCUCGGAAACUAGUAGUUGUCAUGGGAGCCCCGUUUUUAUGAGAAUAGAGAGAAAAGAGAGAAAAAAAGAGGGAAAGAGAUGUGAUGAAACGGAAAUGGAACUGUUCCGGCAAGAGUCCACCCCUGCAGGGCUUGGCUGUACCCUCUACCUCCCCCAUAUAAAUAAUACAUACCUCACAUGCUAAUAAAUGAACAACAGGAACACCAAAAAAAUCUGGUUUUCGAUGAACCAAGUGCUUGUACUGUUUUAAAUAGAGUUGAACUGUUUAAGUUAAAGUGGAGCAGCUCUGAUUAUGGGAAUUAUUGCAAUUGUUGUACUACUGUAUUUAAAAUGAUGAGGAUUUUAUUGAAUAAAUCUACAGGGUAACUUACUGUGAAAGAAAACCUCAGGUCAAUACAAACUGAUGUAGCGCACACACAAGAGCUGCAUCAGGUAAAAAAGCACCUGCUGCCUAACACGCAACUCAGCCGUUCCACCAGCAUCCUGACUGGACUGAACACACUUCACAGGUGACCCUGAACUCGUUGCUCUUUUCCACACAGUCACAGGAUUAUCUUUCCCAUGGCUAACCCUUAGUGCUGCAUAGCUCUUAAAUGAGCGCAUAUCUAUGUUCGCUCAGAGCCCACCAGUCACAGGCAGACCCGCACAGUGAGUGGAUGUUGUUUGUGCAGAGUGUGGUGCUCAGGGGGGAUUUGAGGCUUCCUCUAUUUUAUUCCCUCAUUGUCCUGCUACUGUAUCCUCAGCAUUGUCUCAGUGAGAGAUUUACUGUCUCUGCACCGCCACAGCAGCUGGCCCGCUGCUAAAAAGGUGUCAGGGAGAGAAAGCUGUCAUUCUCAUUAGCACACUUGACAGAUUCACAGAUUGUAAAUUUGCAAUACAGAGCGAUGAAUUGUGCAAUGGAAAUGUAAGAAAAGUGUAAAUUUGACUUGAUAUUAUUAAUAUUUACUCUUCAUUCUUCAUUUUUCCAUCCUUUGACCCAUCCUUGUCCUAUCUUUCUUUGUGUUCUCUCUUUGACAUGGUCCCUCUCUUCGCAGGUACCACCUGGUGAAGCUGUUGGAGAAGUUUGGCAAUGUAAAACAGUUUGACUUCCUGUUUCAUAAGUCUGGACCUUUAGAGGGACAACCCCGGGGCUACUGCUUCGUAAACUUCAGCACCAGAGAGGCAAGUGCGGGGCUAAGUUCAUGGCCGUCUAGAUUUUAUUUUAAAGCUUCCCUGGGGAGCUUUAGGUUUGUGUCAAUUUAAGCAGCUUCUUUCUAACAAAAAAAAAUCUCAUCCUGCUUAGGGAUGUACAGAUCUGAUAUUUGGAUCGGAUAUUGGCUCUGAUAUUGACAAAAUAACUGGAUCAGAUAUCUGAUAAAUGACACCGAUCAAGUGUUCCUAGCCAGUCUUUUUUUUCUUCUUUUAAUUAAUUUUUCUUUUAAUACAUGGAAGUCUUACUUCUUUUUGCUGUGAGCUAAUGUGAAACUUGUGAUUUGUUAAAAAAAAUAUAUAUUAAUUAUUAUUAUUAUUAAUUUUUUACCUUUUUUUUUUAACAAGACUAAUGUUAAGCCUGAUGCCUUCACUCACAGGGCGAGGUGUACAGUUCAUUCAUUCAACGGUAGUAUUGGAUCGGUAUCAGAUAUCGGCUGAUAUGCUCAGCCCAGGUAUCGGUAUCGGAUUGGAUCGGAAAAAAAAUGGAUCAGUGCAUCUCUAAUCCUACUUUAUUGUAACGGUUGUGGGGUGACACUUACCCCCUCACAGCACUUUGAUUUUUCAUUUGAUUUUUAUUUUUUGCACACUUUAAAAGAGUACAACAUAAAACAUGAUAGGUAAUAAUGAAACAGAGGCAAAAAAGCCACGAUGGGCAUAUUUAGAGCCUCCACCUUAUCAUAGCCUAAUAUUAUUAUUACAAUUUAAUGUACAAAAGCACAAGAUAACAUGAAAAAAAUAAUAAAAAUAAUAGUGACUGACAACAAUAAUGUGUUAAAAAACAGAAAAUAUAAGACAUUAAAGGUUACAAUGUUAACGCUCUUUUUCUAUCGUCUUAGAGUAGUAACGGCCGCACGUGUCUUCCUAAAAAUGGACAAUAUUCCUAAAAAAGCCACUUUCAAGGAGCCGCUCAGCCUCACAGGUUCAGUUUGUUUAUUUUGGAGUGUGCCUGAGGGGAUCGUGAUAAACAUCUAGUUUCACAGCUAGUGUCCAUCAGUGGGAUAUGAAGCCCUCCCAGAAGGAUUAUACAGAGGAAGUGUGUGUUUAUCCUCCAAUUUUACACACACAGAGACACUGACACACAUGCGUACACACACACACUCACGCACGCACACACACACACAGAAAGAGUACUUCAUUAAUAUCAUUUAGCAUCAAAGCCACUUACUCAUUUGAUUAGACAAAACCGCAUUUUCUUUCCUCUCCCUCUCAAACACAGAGACACAUACUUGCACACACAUUUCAUGGUCGAUCUGGAAGCAGGGAGGCAUGUCAUCAUCCGUCAUUGUUUUCGCCAUCUUUCUGUCGCGAAGACUAAUUACUUAAUGACCGGGAGGCAAUCACGAAGGCAGAUUUUUAAUCAUAGUUGUAAAAAAACGUUUCCUCUUUUCUCCUGUGUGUGUGUUUGUGUGUGACAGGAAGCAGAAAGAGCCAUCCAGUGUUUGAAUGGGAAGCUAGCUUUGUCCAAGAAGCUGGUUGUGCGUUGGGCACACGCACAGGUGAGGGUAAGUGUCAAUCUCGGUUUCAUUUGAUAAAACAAAAAAAUCUGAAACAUCCUGAUGGCUACUGCAGGAGUCCGUUUACAGAGAGCAGUGAAAUCCCAGCGAAACCUACGCUUGUCUCUUAACAAUAGACAGCCUGCUGGCAUUGGGUGAAAGGAUAUCCUGUAUAGAGACGAAUCACACCCAACACACACACACAAACACACACAUACGCUCACAUACAUAGUAGAGCCAGGUCAAGGUCAAUGCUGCCGCCUCUAUGACCACACACUGUAGGAUAAAUCUGCCCACAGAUUCCAUCAAACUUGGCUCAAUGCACCACUCCAACCAAAUACAGCUUUUGCUACUGAUGCCAUUAUAUAUCAGAAUUUUAUCGGCUGGUUGAGUUCAAACUCCUCUGUCUGUCAGUCAGCUGAGACCUUGUGCCGUCAGGUCACUUUAGGUGUCUGUCAACAUCUUCUAACUAUCAGUUUGUUUCUACCAUUUAUCGUUUUUCAAAGUCGAUACUGCGCUGUGAUGGUUUGAUAUUUAUUUGUGCUGCAUCAGUGAGCUACAACAGUUUAUUUGCAUACAGAGAGGAAAAAGUUUGUACCUUUUUUUUUACAGAUAGAGUGUAAGUGACUCAUAAGGUGAUGAUUUAACAUAUUUAUUACGGGUGGGAAUCAUCAGUGGCCCCACGAUACGAAACUAUCACAAUAAUUGGUCCAAGAUACGAUAUUAUUGCAAUUUUUACAAUUUUCAAUUCAGUGAGUAUUGCGUUACAAUAUAUUACGAUCUAUUUUCAACUUUUUUUGGUAAUUUUUUUGCUAACCUUACUGGAAAAACAGUUGAUUUUUUUCUAUUAUCAUAGAUUUAACUGCAUAUUAACAAUUAAUUUGAAAAAAAUCAAUACUUAGUGAAUGAGACGAUACGAUGUAAUAUAUCACCAGACAAAAUAUUGUGAUUCUAUGCUGUAUUGAUUUUUUUCCCCCCACCCCUAAUAUUUUUUCUAACAUAUACCCACAUCAUAAAGGUGAUAAGUAGGUCUGCUGAUCUGAAAGAUAUUUUUACCAUAAAGCAGAUUGAACUUCACGUCAUUUUCAGGGGAUCUUCCUCCAUGGUCAAGUUCACCUGACUUUUGUCUCAAUGUGUGUUUUUGUCAUGUUUGUCAUAUAGGGUACACACUGAUUUACGUGUAAGGUGGAGGAACUCAUGUGUAUGCACACGUGUAACAGUGGUAAAUAAUGUGGCUUUCUGCUGGCAGAGUGAAAAGCUGAGAUUAUCUCUGUAUUGCAUACACUUCCACCAACAUGGGAUUUUAGGUCUGACUUUCACCAGUUAAUCUAACUUACUCAGUACAAACAGACAUGUCUGCAGAGCUUUAUAACCUCACUUCUGUACCAGUGCUCUGAUAGGGACAAGUUUCAACAGCUGACUGGUAAUUGCAAUCACUGCAAUACAUAAAAUCAAAAACUACAUCUUGAAGCCCUGCCUUCCCAACACCAUGAUGACUAGGACUUAAUGGACAGACGUUGUGUAAAUCAGUGUGUACCAUACGACAAUCAAUGCAAUUGAAAUCUCCUUGUAGUAACCAGCAGCUCUAUUCCUACUGCCAGUUCAAGACAUAAUAUUUUCUCCCUGACUGUUUCCAUGACUGUCAUAAAGGUAUGGAGGUUGUCUCCUCACUGUUAGAGGUGUUACAGGGCCGUACUGAAACCAAGCAGCCAGGGUGGAACAGCUCUAUUUGUGUGUGUUAGGGCUGGAUGAUAUUGCCUCAAUCAAUAUCACGAUAUAUUGAGCAGUUCACCUCGAUAGCCAUAAAUGGACGAUAACUACUCCACAAGCUGCUCACCCACUCCCACAUUAACUUUGUCUACUUCAGCUGCCGCUCCAGCUGCUACAACUUUUGAACCAUCCUCCAUCCCCUCACCUGUCUGUCCCUCUUUGUUACGGACUGGAUGGGGUGGAGUCACGGCUCCGAUGUAGGACAGCGUCUUAAAGGGACAUGAGACCAUAGCCUACCCACACACCCAAAACCAACUUUUAUUUAUGUAUUUAUUCGACACCGAAUAUACUGAUAUGGGCAAAAUGACGUCGAUUAUUGUCGUAAAUUUCGGUAUCUGUAAAUUUUUGGUUUAUCGCCCAGCUCUAGCAUGUUCACCUCUACUGGACUAUUAUUGAGCUGUUCUGGGAUCAGUAUAAAAGUCCAAAGGCUCAAAAUAUGAACCAAGGCUUGUUUUGUGUUAACCAACGGUGAGAUUUCUUUCCGUAAAAUGUUUAAUUCUGUCAGUGUACAAACAUGGGCCAUAAGACAAUAAUAAUAAUCAUAGCACAUCUGUGAAUAACAACACAUCCCCAGUGCAUCCUUGUAAUCUCUGUGCACUUUUCGGGGUCAUUAAUGGAUUUAAGAGUUAUGUUUCCUCUUUAUUAAAGUGUGUGCUCAGUCGUUUCAACCUACCAAAGCUGGCAAUGUGAUUCAGUUGUCUUUCCAGGGACAGAUUUACACAAUACACAACACAAGACACGUCCAGCCUGUGCUUAAUAUCAUCAUCUUCUCGUGUUUUUCUUACUCAAUUUGAAGCCACUUGGCCAGCUCUGUUCCAGUUGAGUGUAAUAUAUUUUAAGCGUGUCCGUCCUCACUGGUUUCAACCCAUAAGUGACACGCUGGGAUGACUGAGUCAGAGACAGUUGGCGUACAAGUUUCUGUCUCGCUUCCAACCUGACAUCUUGACUGUAUUACUUCGCUUUGAAGGAGAGGAAGUCAAGUUGAUGAACGUUUAUUGAAAUGUUUCCCCUGAACUCUUCACAAACAUCCAAAAGUUUCCAAAUAACAGCUAAGCAAUUGUGUCCUUAUUCAUUAUUCUAAUACACCGUGUUUAUCGUCGCACUGGUUGUCUGCAGCCGGAUAUUUUGCUUGAUUUGUUCAAGUUGUGCAAAUUAUCACAGCCCUUCUGUUCAAAAAAACACUCAUGGUGCAUCUGUAAUUUUGGCUCAAAUCCUCUAUAUUAUGACACAUUUAGCAGAUAUCUCUAUCCAAACUGAGCUUUCGACUGUGCCAAACAUUUGAGCAUGACUUUCACUGUUUAUAGAUUCAGAAUAGUCUGAUUGGCUCCGUCUUGAUCUAUAUGCAUUCCACUGACAUGCCUUUAGAAAUAGGUGGAAGGGAAGGGUCCUGGCCAGUGGAACGGUCAUUGUUUUAGUCCUAUUCUCAGCUAUACAUGUUAUUUAUUUCUUGGCACAGUAUACGAGACCAUGUGUGUUCUUCUGCACAUUUAUGUAACUUCUAACCAACUUGAUCCAUUGCCACUCACACCCCCCGAUUUCCUCGCGUCACAUUCCCACAAACAGCUGCUGCAGCUGCAACCGAACGCCGGAGUGUCGUGUGCUGUUCAUGUACCCUGUGUGACCUUUGUUUUUGUUUGUCUUUUUCUUUCUUUCUUCACAGGUUUCGAGAGUUCAGGGUUGGCUGGUGGAGAUGUUUGGAAGGUGGUUUGUGAAAGGAAUGAGUGCAGACAUGGUUGUUGCUCCUCAGCUGCUUCCUCAGGAUGCCUUAGGGGGCUCUAGUGUGGGCUGGGUGUACAGCCCUGCUCGGUUACUCUCUGUUUGAAUAGACAAACAGAAUCAAUCCCUGAGUGUGAUAGUGUAGGAUGCUUUUGAAGGAUGCUGGGUCUGGCUCUCUAAAAAACUAAUUUUGAUUUUUGUUGAAAGUCUAAUGGUUCCCAGAAGUCUGACGUGAUUUAUACCCUUACUCUCUUUCCUCUCCUCCUUGGCUCUCCUUCAACCUUGUCUAUGCCUCGAUUGUCAUGUUUCUACCUGUUUUUUACUCCAUUGUCUCUCUCUCCAUCUGUGUUCCCAUCAUGGUUUGUUUGUUUGUAUCAUUUUGUUUUGGCCAUGCAUCUUCAUCAGAGGUUUGAAGGUUUCCGUAACGAGAAGACGAUGCCUCCCAGCCUUGAACCAUCAUGCAGCGGGGCGGCCGAGGAAGGAGCCGUGACCGCAAACCACCUCAGGUGGGUAACAAGCACACACAAAGAAACAACUUCAGAUUUUUUUAAAACAAUUUUCUGCUCUCUCAGAGAUUAUUCACAACAGGCUCACCAGAUCUCUUGUCUUUCUCCCUAUUUUGCCUUUUUGUCCACACUUGGUCAAUAUUUUUCACACCCAAAAAGAACGGGUUUAGUAGACACAGUAAGUCUGAAAUGAUUAGCCCCACAUUUUGGAGUGAACAGCGAUCAUGUAAUCCUGCCCGUCCCUCGAUCACUUUCACUUUCUAAAUGAUGUCUGAAUUAUUUAACCAAGCUGCUAGUGUUAAAUUGAAACAUGGGUGUACGCAUCCUCUUCCACCUAACACCCUCUGCACUGUUAUCCCACUGCCUGUACUUUUUUGUUUGUGACCGGUUAACCACCAUCAACCCCUAAACUUAAGUUCUGUGCUGCCUAAUUAAAGUCGGAAUAACAUUAAAAUAUCUUGAUGAUAUUAAAAUGUAACAUUUCUGUCACACCGUCAACAGGAAGCAGUGCAGUCAUACACUGUGCACCAGAUGUGCCAGAACUCCAAACUGCAUAUUGAUUUGGUUUGUGUGAUGACUGUGACUAGUCUGUCCCAAGCGUGAUUCUGCUAUUCAGAAUUAAUAACCAUUAUCAAGAGGGUCUGACCAAUCAGGAUCAAGUAUUUAACUAAGCCAAGUGAUAAAUAAGAAAGCAGUGUAGCAGACAAAACUAUCCCAUGUGUUGGAUCCAUAGACUGUAUAUAAAAUGGACGUCUGCCCUGUGAGAACAGCACCCUCUGGUGACCGGCUGCAGUAUAGGUCAUAAAUCCUGCCUCCUCCAGCAAAUUUAAUUACACAGAACAUAAAAUUUUCUUCCCCCUGGUUGAGAUGUUGACAUGUAGUUACUAUGAGACUGGUUUGUGCUCAAGUCCUCUUUUUUUUCUGUGAAGCUCCAUUUUUAAAAGUUAUCAGGGGGUUCAGUUUUUCUAUGAUUGACACUUGAUACAGCCUGUGGGCGUACGAAGAUUGCGUAGCUCAUGUGAGGGAUAUGCUGUUUGAGCUGAGCGUCAUCACAGCAACUCUCGUGCUGAAUGCACACAAUGCUACCACGCAAAUGGUGGUUCUAGGAAGUGGAGAAAAUCCCGGAAAUACCGAGAGCAAUAUUACUUCAAAUUUGUCUAACGACGGAAGGCGGAGUCAAGUUGUCCGUAGCAUAUACAGUCAAUGUUUGGAUCAGUUUGGGUUACACUUAAAGUGCCUUGAAGAAUUAUCCAGCGAGCUCCAGCUUUACUCCAAAGUUUUUUAAAGAUGGUCUGCAGUCUCGUGGCUUUCACUGUAAAGUUAACCUGAGAAAAACACAUCAAGGAAACCUGAGCUGAAUUGAAAAAGUUGUAAGUGUAUUUUAGAGUACCGCUAUCCUGAUCCACAGUCACAUACAAACACUCUGUCUGUGCAUUAGCUGAAUAGAGCUAUUAUGUAAAUAGCCUUUUGUGCUCAGCUCUUACAUGGAUUGGACAGUCCUCUGUGUAAAGCAAUUUAUCUGCUUUCAGGAUUCCUCCCAGAGAAUUCUCCGCACUUUGGCUCUUGUGCAAACUACGGAUUCACUCUCUCCACAUAACAGAGGAGAGGAAAUAUAAACACCCCCCCACUCCACCCCGCCCUGCUUUUUCCUCUUUAGGCUCCCUCUCUUCUUACACACUCACUCUUUCCCUCACUCACCUGCUCUUCUACUACUUCCCCUGCAUGCUUCUUCAAAUCCUGUUUUACCAUUUAAAUACAUUUCCUUCCUAUUUUUUUAUGCAGCACAACAGGUAAUCUCUCUUUUUCCCCUUGUGUCUGCACCCUCCUGUUACUUGAAGUGCUACCACCGCUUUACUUUCUCACUCAGCCUGCACCAAAAUCUGUCCAUCACACUCUCAGCACCAACACUAGUAUUUCCCCCUCAACCUGGCCACUAACGUUUCUUUUUUUUUAUUUUUUAUUGUUCUCCUGCAGUACGAGUGCUAAGAUCCGCGCCAUCGAAGCCAAGCUGCAGAUGAUGGAGGAGAAUCCAGACGAUGACUACUCAGGCCCGUCGGCGUACAUUUACAACAAACCGCCGGAGAGGAAGCGCUGGGAGCCGUACUCCAAAUCCCACCACAAUAACCAGAGCAGACCCUUCCGCAAGUUUAGGAGAUGA